AGAUACUAUAUAAGUCCUUUUCACAGUCUACCCUCAGAACAACCUCGGGAAUGAAAAGAAAAACUUGUUUUUAACAAGAAACAACCAAAGAAAAUACACACGAGAAGAGGAACGGAUUGUUGUAUUUUUUUAUUCUACAUUUAUUCAUUGUUACUGAUUUUUUUUCUUUUCUCUCAGUUUACAUUCAUUUUGGGAAAACCUCAAAGAAGCUAAGGAGAACAAAAGAACAUACAACUGUUUCAAGAAUAAAUCUACUUGUGUCUUAAAAUAAAGAAAACCUCACAAGUUGCUAUAGGAACAGGUGACACAGACCACCCAGGGGUUUAUUUGCCUGUUCCACAGCCUAUCUACUUGUAUUUACCAUUGGACGCCCGCCGCACUUCUACUAUGGUGAUAAUGGAAGUCCCCAGCAUCGAUGCCAUGUCCCUCCGCGGGCUGCUGGAGGGGGACGACCAGGGCUGUCUGGUCCUGGACUGCCGCUCAUUCUUCUCCUUCAACUCCUCUCACAUCCCCGGGUCCACCAACGUCCGCUUCAGUACUAUAGUCCGACGGAGGGCCAGAGGGGGGCUGGGGGUGGGACACAUCGUGCCCAACGAGGACACGCGGAACCGGCUUCUCUCCGGGGAGUAUCAGUCGGUAGUGUUUCUGGAUGAUCGGAGUUUAGACUUUGGCCAAGUGAAGAAGGACGGGACUCUAAUGCUCGCCGUAACAGCUCUGUGCCGAAACCCGUGUGGGACUAGUUUCUUCUUUCUCAAAGGUGGUUUUGACACGUUCUCCUCGGACUAUCCAGAGAUGUGUACCAAGCCGUCAGCUCCACAGGGACUCAGUCUGCCCCUUAGCGCCCGUCCAGACAGCGCCGAGCCCGGCUGCAGUCCAUGCAGUACACCGCUCUAUGACCAGGGGGUUCCAGUGGAGAUCCUUCCCUUCCUCUACCUGGGCAGUGCCUACCAUGCCUCCAGAAAGGACAUGAUAGACAUGCUGGGUAUCACUGCUCUCAUCAACGUAUCAGCUAACUGCCCCAACCACUUUGAAGAGUCCUUCCAGUACAAGAGUAUCCCCGUAGAGGACAACCACAAGGCUGAUAUCUCCUCCUGGUUCAAUGAGGCUAUAGAGUUUAUCGACUCCAUCCGUAAUAAAGGCGGUCGUGUGUUUGUCCACUGCCAAGCCGGCAUCUCCCGCUCCGCCACCAUCUGUCUGGCCUACCUGAUGAGGACCAACCGCGUGAAGCUGGACGAGGCCUUUGAGUUCGUCAAGCAACGCCGCAGCAUCAUCAGUCCCAACUUCAGCUUCAUGGGCCAACUGCUACGGUUUGAGUCCCAGGUCCUGGCUACUUCAUCCUGCUCGUCGGAAGCCGGGAGUCCUGCCCUGGGGAAGAGCAGUACGGUCUUUAACUUCCCUGUGUCUAUCCCCGUCCACGGCUCUGCUGGACAUGGACAGCUCUCCUUCCUCCACAGCCCCAUCACCACCUCACCAAGCUGCUAAGGGGAAGAGUAGGAUCAGAUGGAGGGCUGUCUGUCUUAGCCUGGACUUGAACUGAACUGUCACUAUUGGUGUCGAGUCGUUGUGAAUGUACUGUCACAAGACUAGUACUGUAACAAUACUAGUAGUGACAAUACUAGUAGUGUACUGUAACAAUACUAGUAGUGUACUGUAACGAUACUAGUAGUGUACUGUAACAAUACUAGUAGUGUGCUGUAACAAUACUAGUAGUGUACUGUAACAAUACUAGUAGUGUGCUGUAACAAUACUAGUAGUGUACUGUAACAAUACUAGUAGUGUACUGUAACAAUACUAGUAGUGCACUGUAACAAUACUAGUAGUGACAAUACUAGUACUGUACUGUAACAAUCCUAGUAGUGACAAUACUAGUACUGUACUGUAACAAUACCAGUAGUGACAAUACUAGUACUGUACUGUACUGUAACACUAGUAGUAGUGUACUGUCAGUGUCGCUCAACUACAGGUGAUUAAUCAUUGAGUUUUGAAUAGACAUUGAGCUUUAGAACUGAUGGAACCCUUAUUGUUGCCCUUCCUGGUAUAAAAGUCAUAAAGAAGUGAUCCUGGCAUCACAGGACAAAAGGGAUAACUUUUGGAGAGACAAACCAAGUGGCCUAGUUUAUGGGUUCAAUCCACAGGUCUGCCCUAUCGCCUUAAAAGGAGUUUCUCUGGCUACCAAUAUGGCAGUAUGGUUAUCACAGCAUCCUCUUCUGAAGGAGAAUGCCCACAGAUCUGCCUAGAAUACCUCAAUUUAUAGGAAGAGACAGAGAAGUCAAUGGCUGAAGGAGAAUGAUACCCACAGAUCUGCCUAGAAUACCUCAAUUUAUAGGAAGAGACAGAGAAGUCAAUGGCUGAAGGAGAAUGAUACCCACAGAUCUGCCUAGAAUACCUCAAUUUAUAGGAAGAGACAGAGAAGUCAAUGGCUGAAGGAGAAUGAUACCCACAGAUCUGCCUAGAAUACCUCAACUUAUAGAAAGAGACAGAGAAGUCAAUGGCUGAAGGUGACUGUGGGAAAGGGUCAAUUCUUUAAAGGAAGUUAGAAGUAUUUUAAUGAGAUGAAGAGAAGAAAUUGUAUUCAACUUUGUCAAGUAUGCAAAGUCAUUUAAUGAGAGUGGUCAGCUUUUCAUAAUCACAAUAACAAAAUGUACCUGACACAACUCUACUCAAAAUGAGCAAGUAAACCCUCCCUUGGUCACUCACAGACAGUCAUAUUUAUUGCUACCAACUAGACUCUCGGGAAUCAUGAAUUACUUUUACCACAGCUUUGUUCACACAGAAACGAGCUGUCAUCCUGAGAGAAUCCUGCUAAUGCCUCGGCAAACGACGCAGGUUUGGAUAAAUCACUCCUCAGGCUCUUUAUUGUUGACGAACAAUGAAUGUAUCUCUGAUCUCUGAUCUCUGGCCAAUCAGCCAGCUCAGAGAGCGCCAGAAGGUUUAGUUUAAAGUGGAUGGGAAAGCCCCAUUCACAUGCAAAUGUUUGCCUUUUAUAAAACACCGUAAGACCCUGACGAUCCCGACAAUAUUGGGGGAACCAACCAACCAACAGAUACCUCUGAAACACCACCAUGCCUUUGUAGUGCUAGCAGCUGUUAGCUAACACUAGCUCUGUUAGCAUCAUGUACCGUUCGCAUGUUAGCUCUGUUAGCAUCAUGCUAGCUCUGUUAGCAUCAUGUACCGUUCGCAUGUUAGCUCUGUUAGCAUCAUGCUAGCUCUGUUAGCAUCAUGUACCGUUCGCAUGUUAGCUCUGUUAGCAUCAUGCUAGCUCUGUUAGCAUCAUGUACCGUUCGCAUGUUAGCUCUGUUAGCAUCAUGCUAGCUCUGUUGGCAUCUUGUACUGUUAGUAUCAUUAGCAUGCUAUCUCUGUUAGCAUCUUCUACAAUUAACAUCUCUGGGAGAGAGUCAGAACCCCAAAGCACUAAGACGGGGGAAUCAGGCUCACCAGAGACUGCUGUCUGUCAUUACCUAUGUGAUAUUUAUUGAACUAAAGUAAUAUAUUUCUUACCAUAUAUAUUUUUGCAUAUGUUUGUUAGUAGUUGUUUUUGAUACCAUUAAAUAAAUCCUAUUUGUCUUUUGUA